UUUAGCUCUCAGCACGCGUCGAGCAUAGCGCAAAAAAAAAUAUUUAAAACGCUAAGCCGAAUAUGAUACAAAAUAUUAAUACACGGCAAUAAGAAAAUCGCCAAUUGAAAAUUGUUGCAGAAAGUGCAAAAAUCCCAUUAAAAGUUAUACAAAUUAAAAACAAAAAGUGCAAAAAUGUGCGAAAAUCGCCUAAGGAGGUCGUCAGCUAUUUUGUUGCUUUUGCACUUCCUCUGCUGUCUAACAAAAGGCGCAGCCAUAAAAUGUUUUGUUUGCGACUCCAGCGAUAAUCCUAGCUGUGCGGAUCUCGGCACCAACUCGAGCAUUGUUCCCGAGGAAUGCACAUUGGACAAAAUGAAAUCUCUGGACACCUGGCUAUUCGAUUUGAACAAGUUCUCCUACUUCGAUAACGGGGGCAACAAAAAUCCGCUGAUGAACUGCCAAAAGGUUGUGGCCAAAGAUCCUGAUACGAGAAAGUUGGUCACCGCACGCUUCUGUCAGCUGGACACUGGCGACUCGAAUGCCUGCGAAAUUCUGCGCUCUAAGCUGAAGAUCACCAGCGAUAGUGGCAGUCAGCGCGGUCAGCAGCGACGCCGUGAACGGGAUCAGCAGCAGCAGCAGCGACGCAAAGGAUAUGGCCAGGAUGCUGAGGAGGAGUCGCCCGAGGAGCAGUUCUUUUGUGACAUCUGCAAAAUGGAUCGCUGCAACGGCGCUGCCGCCGUAACGCUGACGUCAUGGAUGGGCGUAAUAGGCGUGCUGCUGUUGUUACUGCCACGCCCAUUUUACUGCUGAAGCGGUGGGGUCGAAAUUGAGGCAUGGACGGGGCUGGUUGCAUUUAGGUUGAGUUACCGUUUACCAUUUACUUUGUAAAUAUUCGAGCGCCCAUUGAGCGACAGACAUCAUUGAAAAAGAAGUAAAAACAAAAAAAGAAGAAGAAAAAUACACACACCACCCACCAGGGGGCAGCCCCUCCUCCUCCUCCUCGAAAGACCACCAAGCUGGCCGUUAAAGCCAGCACGGCCCUAGAAAUGUAAGUGACAGCAAACACACAGAUACACAACACACAGACACAUAAAUACCCACAGAUACGGAUGCAGAUACACAGCUAAAGAGAUACAGAUACAGAUACAGAUACAGAUAUAUACUACUCCCAUGCUGCUCCGCCUGCUCCCCGCAGUGGCAAUCGCUUUGUGUCCAAGCAAAUAUGCCAAUUUCAAUUAACAGUCAGCUUGGGCAAUAACAAAUAAGCCAUUAGAAGAAAGUAAUCCGAUGUGCAUAAUUGUCUGCCAAAAUGUAAAGGGAUAUUUGAAAAACUGAAAAAUAUUUAAAAACUUGGAAAAUCAAAAUUGCUCAUCAUCUUUUGACAGAUAAUUACGCAGAUAGCUUUAUAAUCCGAUCCGGGCAGCGAUUUACCCAGAGAGCUUAACAACCGACUGAGUUACUUGGAUAAAUGAUUUUUGGCUUUAUCGACUUGGCUUUUGUUGCCGAUCAAAUUGAUGGAAAAUUUAUUACAUUUUCAAUAACAAAACUUUGCCAGGAAGUUAGUAAAAAAUGGAUCCCCAAAACAAUGAAUAUGACUUUAUUGAGUUGUAAUUUGCAAUUGUUAAUGAGCUGUUUAAUUGUGGGAUGCGAAAUGAAUUCACCAAAGGCCUUUAAUUUUCUAUUGUUCACAUUGUAAGCAAGUGUUGAAUAUACAUAUAUAUAUACAUAUAUAUAAUCGUAUUUAAUAUAAACAUCUAAUGGUAACAUGAAGUAACCAAAUACAAAUGCCUGAUUUUGAGUUGGGCUAGCUUCAAAUCGGUUCAAAACUGUUAAAUAAAAAAACAUAAAUUUUAUUUAAUGUUAAAAUUUGUUUUAUUUUUUUUAUUGUAAUUUAUUGUAUGUACUAUGUGUAUUUUUAAGUAGAGAGAUCAUAAAAUAGAUAUGCUUGAAAAGAGAAAUUAUAAGCAAACUAAUCAAAAAUGUUGAACAAAUUAUUGCAAAUGAAAAAGAAAAGAAAACUCAGACCUUUCUAGACUCUUUCCGAGCUUAAAUCAAAAUAAUGAAUAACAUUUAUUUCAUAAUUUUAGAAGCCAUUUUCAUUUGUACGGAAAGAGUAAAUGAAUCUUAUGAAAAAUGCUUGCAACAUUUUUAUUUAAAUGUUUCAGCAAAGUUAAGCAAAACAACCAAAGCAAUAACCUUAAAAUAUACACAUUAGAAUAAAAAUGUAUUUAUAUGAUUUUCAAAAAAACACGCAAAAACAAUCAGCAAAAUGUGUGAAGAAAAACGAAAACAAAAGCAAAGAAAACUAAAAGUGCAACAAAUGUUAAUUAAAUGUGCAAUUAGGAAAGUUGAACAAAGCAAUACUGAAACUAAUAAGAAAUAAACUAAUAAGUGUUUACGUCCCACAGAAAUAAAGCAAUAAAAAGAAGUCCAACUUGA